UGGGAGGAAAGAUGGCGGCAGUUAUCACUAUGAGGAGUUCAUUCACAUUUAUGAGACGCUUGGUCUCUUUACGCAGUUACAAGCACUAUUGUUCCAGGGUCCAGGGAGCACGACUCGUUUGUUCACCGCAUUCGUAUUCUAUCACAGUUCCGCAACAGCACAGAUUCUAUCGCACUAGCCAUGCCACACUGGGGCCAAUUCUGCAAUUUAAAUUGUCAGAUAUUGGGGAGGGUAUCAUGGAGGUAACGGUAAAAGAAUGGUAUGUGAAGGAGGGAGAUAGAGUGUCACAGUUCGACAGCAUCUGCGAAGUGCAGAGCGACAAGGCAUCCGUCACCAUCACCAGUCGCUACGACGGAGUCAUCCGGAAACUGUACUACGAUGUCGACUCGAUUGCCCUGGUGGGCACACCACUUGUCGACAUUGAAACCGAUGGAGGCCAGGAGGUUUCACCUCAGGAGGAUGUCGUGGAGACUCCCGCAAUGUCACAAGAGGAACAUACGCACCAGGAAAUUAAAGGGCACAAGACUCAGGCCACACCUGCAGUCCGUCGCCUAGCAAUGGAGAACAAUAUCAAACUGAGUGAGGUGGUAGGGACUGGUAAGGAUGGACGCAUUUUGAAAGAGGACAUCCUUAACUUCAUAGCUAAACAGACAGGGGCCAUCUUACCCCCCACGUCAUUCCACGAAAUUCAGCCUCCACCUCCCGCACCCGCAGCAGCUCCUACUCCAGCUACCAAGCCCACAGAGAAGGUACCACCACCACCAGCCAUCCCCAAACCCGUCGCCCCAAAGCCCGUCUUCACCGGCAAAGACCGCACAGAACCUGUUAAAGGUUUUCAUAAAGCCAUGGUGAAGACCAUGUCGGCUGCUCUGAAGAUACCUCACUUUGGUUACUGUGAUGAAGUCGACCUGACACGGCUGGUCCGAUUACGCUCUGAGCUGAAGGGUCUUGCAGAGUCCCGAGGCGUGAAGCUCAGUUUCAUGCCGUUCUUCAUCAAGGCUGCCUCCCUCGGCCUCUUACAUUUUCCCAUUCUCAAUGCCUCUGUGGAUGAAGCCUGCCAGAACAUCACCUACAAGGCUGCACACAAUAUUGGACUGGCUAUGGACACAAGCCAAGGCCUGGUGGUGCCUAAUGUGAAGAAUGUGCAGGUGUUGAGCGUUUUUGAUAUUGCUCUUGAGCUGAACCGUCUGCAGGCUUUGGGGGCCUCAGGGCAGCUGGGUACAGCAGACCUCACAGGAGGAACCUUCACUCUCUCCAACAUUGGAUCGAUUGGAGGCACCUAUGCAAAACCAGUAAUAUUGCCUCCUGAGGUGGCCAUUGGGGCAUUGGGGAAAAUCCAGGUGCUUCCCCGAUUCAACUCGAAGGACGAGGUCGUGAAAGCACAUCUUAUGAAUGUGAGCUGGUCUGCAGACCACAGAAUCAUCGAUGGAGCCACCAUGUGUCGCUUCUCCAACCUCUGGAAGUCCUAUCUGGAGAACCCUGCCUCCAUGGUUCUGGAUCUAAAAUGAGGAGGUUGCACUUCUCUGGAACAAACCCAGCCAUUCUAAAUCAGCCAAUAUGCUGAUCUGUAGUCACUAGGUGACUACAAAACCUGACACUACCAGCUGUUGCCUUGACUGGGUUACUGACUUCCUUUUUUUUGUUUUUUUUCCCCUGCCCCAAUCCCUCACUCCUUCCAGCCUCCAGACUUGCGACAUGGACAGUUGCACAUGCAAAAGACACUAGGACAUUCUUAGUCUUGUGAAGCUAAUAUCAAACGGUUUUAUUUGUGCUCUCAUGUAUUAAGGUCACUUUCUCUUGUUGCCUUACUGAUAAAAGAUGGUUACAAAUCGUAGAAUUUUUUUGAGGUACUGGAUGUUGGGACAUGAACUUUGUGUAGCUCGGUAUAGUAAUGCAGACUUGAGUUCCUUUAUGACCACUGUCAGUGAACACUUCUGUAUUCUCAAUCUGAAAUGCAAGCAUUCUGUAACUCUUUCCCUGGGUAAACAUUGCACAAAGGGCAACAAUACUUAUAUCAGUGAAUAAAUGCUCAUAAAAAUGUUGCCCGAUUUGUUGGUUUGAUCAGUACGUUUCAACAGUGCUGCUUUUCUAGAAUGUUCUAACUUCUUUUCCAGCUGCCUGAUAAUGUGUUUGUUUGUAAAGGUAAAGGCAGAGGUUAUGGGUGAAAUGCCUAGCUUUGGAUCGCUUGGUAUUGUGGGAAAUGCAUUCUUUAUAUUUGAUCAGUAUUUAGGCAGGGCUAGUGGUAGACACUGGUGUGAUGGGGGAGUUUCCUGGCACAACUGAGCACACCAUGGUCCCAAGGGAUUUUUUUUUGUGUGUAUGCGUGGGCGUGAAUCUUAAAUGUUUUAAUAAAUUAUACGUUCCUGAA